ACAUCAUGUGCUCUUCUUGUCUUGGACAAGUCAUAUGACUUCCCUCGCGUUGAUUAUGGUAGCUAAAAAGUAGAGUGAGGCAGGCGUACACUUUCAAUGUCUAUGCUAUCAUAUGGCAACACUUUCAGUGAAUGGUCAUUUUGCGUUGCUCCUGAUAUGGAUUGGUAUUUGGCUUUCGGAGUGCAACAAUAUUGGUCCCUCAUUGGGCGAUGACCUCCUAUCGCCGUACCCCUACGGCCAUAGCCAUGGACCCUCGCACUCCCACCGUCAUGUCCGAGACUGCCAGUCUGUUGUCCAUGGCAACGUCACCCACCAGACCUGGCCUGCCAGCAACCACACUGGGGUGCCCGUGGCUGAGUCGAAAGUCUUCAUCUCUGACGUCCCUGGCACAACCCGAUGGGUCACAGGUCACAUUACAGUGGUCCACGACCCCCUGAGGACGGUGUCUGUGCUGGAGCCUGGAGGGCCGGGAGGGUGUGGGAUGAACCAGAGGGAGGCGGUGGAGGAAACUGCUAGAGCCGGCAGUUGUCUCUAUGCCCAGAAUGGAGGUUUCUUUGAUACUAGGACCGGGGAGUGUUUGGGGAAUCUAGUGAGUGACGGGGUGCAAGUGAGGGACAGCAAAGGGUUGCAGAAUGCCCAGUUUGGCAUCCGGAGGGACGGGACGCUGGUGUUUGGUUAUCUCUCUGAGGAGGACGUUCAGGAUGAAGCCAACCCCUUUGUGCAGUUGGUCAGUGGGGUGGUGUGGCUGCUCCGAAACAGCCAGGUCUACAUUAACCAGAGCAUAGAGGCUGAGUGUGACACGACACAGGAGACAGGGAAUUUCCGCCAUUUUGUGGACGUAGUAUCAGCCAGGACAGCGGUUGGUCACGAUCAGGAGGGGAAACUAAUCCUGUUCCACAUAGACGGACAGACUGACCGGAGAGGUAUGAAUCUUUGGGAGGUGGCAGAUUUUCUGAAAGGUCAGGGGGUCAUCAAUGCCAUCAACCUGGAUGGGGGUGGUUCCUCCACUUAUGUGGCGAACGGCUCAUUGGCCAGCUACCCCUCGGACCACUGUCUCUCAAACCCCAUGUGGCGCUGCCCUCGGCGGGUCUCCACCAUCCUGUGCGUCCACCAGCCCCAGUGUCAGCCUGAGGACUGCAGCGGGCACGGGACGUGCAUCAAUGGGCACUGCCAAUGCCAGGAGGGUAGGAGUGGGACUGGCUGUGACACCCUGGUGUGCCAACCUCCCGCCUGUGGUGCCCACGGUGUCUGUACACAGGAUGGCUGUGCGUGUGACGCUGGAUGGAGAGGGAAGAACUGCAGCCAAGUGUGUGAUUUGGGUUUCUAUGGAGACGGCUGCAACCAGACAUGCAACUGCACUAACGGGGGCUUAUGUGACACUGUUCACGGUGACUGCAGCUGCCCCAUUGGUUUCCGUGGCGACUCCUGUGAACAAGAGUGUCCUCUGGGUUUGUACGGGCUGGACUGUGGGCAGGAGUGCCAGUGCCAGGACAUGUGCCCAUGUGACCCGGUCACAGGAAGCUGCAAUGCCCUGUUCCAGGGAGAGAAGAACCAGAGCAUACACAGAGCUGGCCAUUGCCUGGCCAAUCAGAUGUUUGCAACAUGGAGCGAGGAGGAGGCACACAAAUCCAAGCCUUAUCUCUCCGAGCAGUGCUGGCUCAUCGUCACUGGCCUGUUGACCUCUCUGCUGUUGUCCAGCCUGGUGGGUCACCUGAUCAUGUGUUGGCGGUCCCCGGCUCACCACCCCGGCCGUGUGGACUACUCCUACGUGCCACUGACAGAGAUUGGUGGUGCGUGCAGUUCAGGGGACCGAGGGAAAGGGUCGCAACCCAGCAGAGGCGUAUUCGAGAUGGACUCAGACUCCCAGGAUGAACUGUGGUCGGGUCCGCGCUGAGGGAGGGUGAUGGGGGACGGGUGGGAGUGAUCCUACCCUGUUAGGACCGUCUGGCGGAGCUAUCUCUAACAUAUUGUAAAGAGGGGAGUAAGGUUUAUAUAGAGAAUGGGUUGCAAUCAAUGGAGAGGAAGAGAUGGAGCCAGGGAUAGAGAAGAGCAUAAAGAGGUCAGAGCUGGAGGGAGUGCAGUGCAGAGAGAGGGAUCCAAGAGAAGGAGGGGGGGGGGGUGUGAUGACGAGGCCACCGGAUGUUUCAAACUCUAUCCCCUAUUUGAAGAGGGCUCUUUGUAUUUUCCCUCCGGCUCAUCAGCCACCAUCUCGUUAUCCAGAGUGGAUGUAAAGAGGAAAAACAGACUGAAAAGAAAGAGGCAUAGAAGUAAGAGGAACAAAAUAACUUCUCACCCUUUGUACUGUUUUUUUUAAACUAAAUGACUAUUUUAUUGUCCUCCACUCUAGAUUUUUCUAAGUGACAAAUAAGAAACAAUAUGCCAAAAUAUUUAAUCGUGACUAAUAUCAACCGUAGACUGUAUGUUUCCAUAUAAGAAUAGCUAUUUUAAGGGGACAUAAACAGAGAAGGCCUUUGUUUGCCAUCCUGUUCCACAAGCAUGGGAUGGAUUUCUCCACUUGUUGCCAUGAGAACAGACAAGGUAAGAACUUUGAACCCUAGCCAGGAAAUCCCCAACGCUCCAACCCACUGAACCUUGUAUUUAUGGAGUCCACUUUAUCAAAUGAUUCAAUGUGAAUGCACCCAGGUUCACUGGGAUUGUUUUUAAUAUUAAUAUUAAUAUAUAAAACUAUUUUCUUUCUGUGAAGUCCUGUUUCCACCAGCCCUGUGAAGCACCCAUUUUUGUAACUGUUCAGACGAACUGUUGAAAUCAUGUUUAAAGGUUGUCUGGGUGCCAAGUGUGCUUCUGGUUCAGCCAAAAAUGUCUAAGGCAGCAGUAGGGAUUUGAAUGCAGAAAUAAGCAUGUACCCAAACUAGUUUGACAGGACCUGAGUGAGUAUAUUUUUUUUGUCUGACAGAUUGUUUGUUGACCGCUCCUUGACCCCAAUCUCAAUUAUUUAACAAAGUUCAUUCUAGUUAUUUUUCAGUUGAGGCUUCUCAGACGAGAUAAUCCUUUCUCUUUUCCAUAUUAUGAGAAUUGUGUGGAGAUGAGUGAGGGGGGGGGGGGGGGGGGGGGGGGUGUAAUUAUGUUGGGAGAGUGGGGAUGUAAAGAAGGAUAUUGUUUAAUUUCAAUCAAACUGUGUGUGGAGUUAUCUAUAUCUCUCAGACUAAGGAUAGGAUUCACUUUGAGAAAUACCAGGGGUUGUUAUAUUACAAGGCUGUGGGAGAACACUUGAUGGGAAAUGUGUUUUGUUGUUGAUCUAACAUGCAGGUUACCAGAUUGUGGUCUAUAUGGAGGCUGUUAGGGAGUUGGAUUGUCCCACUGAGACUACUAAUGACUUGUGCUCAAAAACAGUGAAAGGACUUUAUACAGUGACAAUGACUCACUGUGUGCUAGCGAUGCUGUUGUGUUUGUAUAGUUACCUAUCUUGACUCGCACUUCCUUGAACUGGUGAAGAAAAUUGAGGAUUUGCGCUCUCCCUUCAGGCAAGGCAAAAUGCAAAUCAGGGUGAUUGCUUGAGUAGAUGUUUGUUUCAAUACAUUUGCCUGUUGUAGAGUUGCGAGACUGGUUUUGUUUGGUAAAUUGUAGAUGUUUUAUUAUGCAGCUUCUAUGAGCUAGCUGGACAACUAGAGGUGCCCGGCCUCACUACCCUGGGACAUAUAUGUGGCAGGUUAGCCUUACGGUUAGAGCAUUGGGCCAGUAACCGAAAGGUUGCUAGUUCCUUGCUAGCCAUCAAGGUGAAAAAUCUCUGUGCCCUUAGUUAGGCACUUAACCUGAAUUGCUCCAGGGUCACACUGGCUGUGACCCCACUCUCUGAAGGGUGUCUUGGGAAGAGUUGGGAUAUGCAAAAAAUGAAUUUCCAAAUCACACACGUGUAUUAAUAGGACAAAUAUAAGCACCCACCAAAUUAUUUUUAUUACAUACUGUACGCUUGCAAUUAAUGGGUCUGUUGCUUGAAUGUAUUUUUUUUUUUUGCAUCCUUUUGCUGUAAUAGUCUUGGCAUAUUAUAAAAAAGUAUUUAAUUGUUUUUAUAUUGUUCAGUUGUAGCCCAGCAUGGGUUGUUAUUGUCUGUGUUCACAACAAACCAGCCCUAGCCAGAGUACGAGCCAGCCUGCGGUACACAACGGUAUAGUUUGCGGGAGAGUGCCGGACAUAAUUUGCAAACCAAUUCUACAUGUAGAAUCUGUUCGGUUUGUAUUUAUUUUGAAAGGCGCAUUGUGUAAGCUAGCUGUGCUUUGUAGUGACCACUGACUUGAGGGCCCUCUGAAUUUCAGCCAGCCGGAGGAAGAAUGACUGAGCGAUGAAAAAGGGAGCUCCUUUACAUAAACAGGAAGUGCACCUAGCAUAAUCCCAAAUGAUUGGGGGUUGAUUUAAUAUAGAUUUGUUAAAAAUUGGACUUCCUCUGUGUUUUACUCAGGCAAGGACAUAAUUAUGUUUAGUCCCCUUCCAAUAAGGGUCAGGAAUUGAUACUUCAAUAUUUAUAAGUUUGAUAAUGUGUUAAUAUUUGUCAAGGAACGUAUUUGAUGCACUAUAGUCAUGUAUAGUGUUUAAUCACAAACUAAAGUCAAUGAAGUGAAACUGGUGUAAAAGUUUCCCAUGAUUGUGCUUCCUUUACUGUCAUUGUGGUGAAUGACAACUCGCAUACCUUGUCUACUUGAAACUUCUUGCUGUUAAUAUGCAAAUGUCAAGAAUUGAGAAACUGCAUUUUGUUGAAGGUGGUUGGCAUGUCACUGCUGAGUUUUAGUAAAGAUUAUUUUUCACCAAUAAAGCCUUUUUUUCAGUAUCAAUGUAUUCUCUGGGCUAGGUUGGAACUAUUUAGGACUUAUUAUCACCUCAUUCACAAGUGGUUUAUUUUGGUGGACAAAGGAAGUAGCCUAGUCUGUAGGCUGCCUCCACAACCGCAAUUAACUCAUUUGAUUGAUUUUUAUAAUCUCAUGCAUCCAUUACAUGUUGGUGUUCAACAGUCAACAAGGUUAUUUUCCAUGGGAGCGACUGACUGGAUGGCCCACCCGAUCACUUGCUGACUCACCCAUGUCUGCCCCGCCUUCUCUGUCCUGUUCAGCUGAUGCAAUUCUUAAGAGGGAUGUCACUCUCCCUCCCUGCAUCUCUUUGCUCCUUAUCCUGCUUGUUCCCUGUCCACCUCUUUUCUGCUCCCUCAAUGUCCUCUCUCUGUUGUCCUAUCAUGUUCUUACUCCCUCUUAUCUCCAUUCAUGACAUACCUUACCCACAUUACCUAGAGUGUUCGUGACUACUUCAAAACAAUAACUUAAGCACUCAUUGUAAAUAUUGAAUUUCUGUGUGUGCCUUCGCUUGAGUGUUUGUGUUUUUCUUUUUAAAGUAGACUGGCAGGAAAGGUUGCCCUCCCACGGUUUCUUUGUUGGUUAGAAUUCACUUGUUUGCCUGUGAACUGUCACACCCUGGGUCAAUGUUAAUCAAUCAGAACCAGACCUAAAUUCUGUGUUUCACCUAAUCAUCGAUCCUAUCGCAGGUUAUUUUGGGUGUCAAACAUACUGCAGGCUAUGUGUCCGUCUUUGUCUUCUGAUGUACAUGUUUGUCCAUUCCUAAGGGACCGGAGAGAAGAAAAAAAAACGAAUAACCUAUUUCACAUUGAUUUCAUUUGUUUUGUUUUUUUACCCAUUUUUCCAUAUUAAUCUUUCCUAGUGCUUUGACUUGACAUAAGUUGUCGAGGGAUAGAAACGUCACCCUCUGCCUAUCAAUAGACAGUGUCAAUCCAACCACAGAAUGUGGCUGAAUGAAAUGGCCUGUAGCCUACCACACUUAAAUUGUUCUGUAAUAAAAUGUACGUUAUUGAUUAUUAAACUGCUGAAAUUAUGACAAAGUCA